CUUCAGAUAUUUUAAUAUUUUUCUUUUGACUUCAAGAUAUAUACCAUCACUCAGAAAAGAAAUUUUACUGGAUCCAAAUUUGCGACCUAUAUAUGGAACUAAUGGAAGAGGAUGAUCCUGGUCGAAGAAAAUGGAAGGAUUUGGACAAUGACAUUCUGAUGAGGAUAUUUCAAACGUUCGACAUCUUUGAGUUAACUUCUGGCAUUGCUCAAGUCUGUAACUCGUGGCGUUAUGCUGUUUGUGACCCUUUGUUUUGGAGCACUCUUGAUCUUUCAAUGCUGAAAUCUAACUUUAUUAAAAUUCCGUUAGAGCCUUAUGUUUAUGUGGAUGGACGGUCUGAUAAAACACUGACCAAAGUUCUGAAGAUUUCUCUAAGUCUUAGCCAUGGAAACAUAUCAACUUUGAUAUUCCAUUAUAAUCUUUUUGUCAGUGAUGAUCAGUUGACAUACACUGCUGAGAGGUGCCCACGGCUUAAACGGCUGGUUUUGCCGGCAUGGAAUCGAAUAAAAAAGACCGGAAUUUGCAAGGCCAUAAGCAUGUGGCAAGAUCUUGAAUCACUUACAAUGCCCAGCAUAGCCAGUCCUCGCUACAUCAUGGAGGAAAUCUCCAAGAACUGCAAGAAUUUUUCCAAGCUCAAACUCAUGGGCCCGUGCGACAUUUUAUUUGCAAAUGCACUUGCAAACUGCUUGCCAGAUUUGAAAGUCUUGAGCUUACGUUGCUCGAUGAUCUACAAGGAGGCACUAAUAACAAUCUUGGACAGAUUAAAGCAUCUAGAAGUGCUCAAUAUUUCUCAUUGCAUCAUUAUAGAAGUUCCACCACCACCUGCAUCUAGAAUCGUGCUAGAUGAGCUAGAUAAUUCCAUUCUUGAAAAAGCGUCGCGAAUAAAGGACUUUUUGACAUGUAUGAAUAAUGAUUGUGUUAUGUGUAAAAGAACGAGGAUUGAUGAAGGCUUGUUAAGGUGGUACAAGUACGAAGAAGGGAUUUGGAAAGAAGAUGAAGUAAAGUGUCUUGCAAUUUAACAUUACAAAUGUCUUAUGGGAACCCCCUUUUCUCUAUCUUUGUUUUUGUAUUGAACCUUUUUUUCUUUCUUAAUUGUAUAGUAUCAAACAUGUAGAUGAGUGAGACAGAAAGCUUUCUAUAAAUUGAAGACUAAUAUCAUAGUGGUCCAGCCAAUAAUUUA